AUGGUUUCAUUGUUCUGCAAUAGAGGUGCUGAACUACUUAAUGUGUUCACAGUUUGCUUUUAUUAUGCUUUGUUGCAGUUCCAUAAUGUUCUCUAUGGUGAUGCAAAAGGUUGUGCAAAGAGAUUGAUUGCUUUCGUGCAUCCCUAUGUUCCAGGGGUCAUGAAUCCUCACGCCAAAGUUGUUCAGCAGUGGAACAAGUUCUUUGUUAUUUCUUGUUUAGUGGCAAUUUUUUUAGACCCCGUGUUCUUCUUUUUGCUGUCUGUGCGGCAGGUAUGGAUAUGGUUUCCAAUCACAUGGCUCACCAACUUCACUCACCUCUUUGCUGUUUCAGUUUGGUGA